UUCGGUUUGGAAGUUCACCUAUAGAUGAUGCACUGAUUCAAAGAAUCGAAAAAGUAACAGGAAAACCGGUUCACCAUUUUCUAAAGCGUGGUAUAUUUUUCUCUCAUCGCGACAUGCACAGGAUUCUAGAUCUUUAUGAGCAGAAAAAGCCUUUCUACCUAUACACUGAAGGCCCAUCAUCUGAAGCCAUGCACCUGGGACAUCUUGUUCCAUUUGUCUUUACUAAGUGGCUUCAAGAGACAUUUGAUGUCCCUCUAGUGAUUCAAAUGACAGAUGAUGAAAAGUAUUUGUGGAGGGACAUUUCCAUUGAAGAUGUUCAGAGGGUGGCCCUUGAGAAUGUCAAAGAUAUAAUAUCACUUGGAUUCGAUGUUGAUAAAACGUUCAUCUUUUGUGAUUUUAACUAUAUUGGGCAAAGCUCUGACUUUUAUAAAGUAAUAGUCCAGAUCCAGAAACAUGUUACAUUUAAUCAGGUUAAAGGCAUCUUUGGAUUUGGAGAAAGUGAUUGUAUAGGGAAAAUUGCUUUUCCUGCUAUUCAAGCAGCUCCAAGUUUCAGUAUAGCUUUUCCUCAAAUUUUUAAUGGAAAGAAAGACAUUCCCUGUUUGAUACCUUGUGCUAUAGAUCAGGAUCCUUACUUCAGAAUGACAAGAGAUGUUGCACCACGAAUUAACCUGGUCAAACCAGCCCUACUUCAUUCAGUUUUCUUUCCUGCAUUACAAGGUGCUACCUCCAAGAUGUCAGCUAGUGACCCUAAUUCCUCAAUCUUUCUUACAGACUCACCCAAUCAGAUUAAAAACAAAAUUAACAAAUAUGCCUUCUCUGGCGGUCAAGCAACUGUUGAAGAGCAUCGUGCUAAGGGCGGUAACUGUGAAAUAGAUGUCUCUUUUCAAUAUUUAAAGUUUUUCUUGGAAGAUGAUGAGAGGCUUGAGAAAAUAAGACAGGACUAUACCAGUGGUGAACUACUUACAGGUUAUUUGAAAAAGGAGUUGAUUGAAAUAUUACAACAGACUGUAGGAAAAAUUCAAGAAAAAAGAAAAACUAUUACAGACGAUAUAGCAAAGUCUUUUAUGACAACUAGAAAACUGAAAUUCAGCUAUUAAUUAAAUGUGUACCUUUCUUCAAAUAGUUUUCAAUUUCAAUGGUUUAAUUUUCAAAAAAAAUUUAGAGUAUUGUUAAAAGUUUUUUUUUUGUCUAGUUUGUCUCAACAUUAAAUUUAAUAUACUGCUGACUUUAA